CUUCCUUUCUUCUUAGGCGCCUUAUUGCAACGGGCACAACGAGGAGCUUGAAAUACCACCCACUCCCGGCAACACCCAGCUCGCCAAAUUCCUCCUACCAUCACCAACGCCAACAGCCACCGCCCACUCUCACCAACAACCACGCCAGCACCGCCAAAAUGAAGUCCUUCACCCUCCUCCUCGCCCUCGUCGCCGCCGUCUCCGCUCAAACAUGCGCUCCCGCAAACUACGAGCUGUGCAAAUCCAACGCCGUCGACUUUGAGAAAUCAACCUGUGGCCCGUUGGCAACUGGCCCCGCUGCCAAUGCGACCCUGAACACUGCUUGUCUUUGCUAUGCGGCUGUUAACAGAGUUAACUGCUACGCCCAAUGCCAAGGCAACCAAACCGUCACCGACGAACUCAACAGCGUAGCUCUCCCCUCCCAAACCGCCCGCUGCACCGCCGCAAACCUCAACCCCGCCGCCCUCCCACAACCCGCCCCCUGGGUCAAACUGCCUCUCACCACUUCCUCCGCCGUCGUUGCCAGCCCUACUUCUACCGCCUCCCAGACGGCUGUUGCGACCUCGUCUGCUUCCGCUGCUUCGAGCACGGCGACCCCGACCGGUACCUCUGCGAAGAACGGUGCGGCGGAGGUCGCGGUAGGUGGCGUGUCGGCUUUCGCCGCUGCCGUCGCCGCUGUAUUUUUCUCCACCUAAAAGCAAUAGGGACGGGGACUAUCCUCACCUUCGAUCCGCAGUCGGCUUUAACGUAUUUUCGCUCGUGCUACACCGGUGUAUCUCGACUUUUUGUCCAUCUCUUAUAGAAAU